UUGUUGAAUUUGGCUCUUUUGGCUUGGCUCUUGGCUGAUCAGACUAUCCAUCCUAGCUUGAGAAAUCUGAAGAUAGACUGAACUCCUUGGCUGGACUCCUUGGCUGAAUGCCGUUCCGGUGUCGGAACUGGUCAAUUAGCAGAACUGGAUUCAUUAUCGUCAAGUGAACCGCCAAGUAUCGUGUAUUAUUAUUACACGCCAUUGCGGGCUAACGACUGCGUACGGAGAUGGAUCUUUCGUCUCCGUCGUUCAGACUGGGCGAAGCUUUCUAGCAGCGCGAGCUGAGAACGGUCGAUGUCUCCACGAUCUCGUGUUCUGAAGCAACGGAAGCACAUGUUUCCCUCAAGGAUGCGUCAAUUGCCGCUGCCAGCGCUGACCGGCUCUCGCCUUGUAUGGCUGGUAGUCUGGGCUGCAGUCGCGGCGCUGGUGGUUGUGCAACUCGCACCGAGAAUGCCGGGAAGCUCUCAAGUAUUGGACAUGGACGAAGAGCGAGAGAAUGACGAAAAUGACACGUCGCAAGCAGAUCCGUUACAGAUGCUGCAGCGACAAGGGAUUGCAUACGAUGUCGUUCCAAUUCGCGCUCCCUCUCAGAUCCACCUGCCUUCAGACAGCCAGUCUCUUACGCAGCCAAGUAGAAGUUUCAGAGAGCAAGAGCCAGAGCAGCUCCUUGUGCCAGCAUCAGAGCCCAGCAGCCUAAGCUACAAGGCAGAGGACCUUCAGAAGCGGCUAUGGCAGAACCCCCCAGCGCAUGGCUACGGGCCAUGUGUGGAGCCCAGUGACAGCUACAAGCGAGCCAGUGUGGAGAGAGGCAGCAGGAGUCGAGGGUAUCUGACGGUGCAUGCCAACGGGGGGCUCAACCAGAUGCGAGCUGGGAUCUGUGACAUGGUGGCUGUGGCGCGGAUCCUCAACGCCACUCUUGUUGUUCCUGAGCUCGAUAAGAGCUCCUUCUGGCAGGACUCCAGCAACUUCUCUGACGUGUUUGACACGGACCACUUCAUCUCAGCCCUCGCAUCCGACGUGCCUGUGGUGCGGCGCCUGCCGAAAGAGCUCAAGUACGCAGAGGUGAAGCGCGUGCACUUCACCAGCUGGUCGCCCCUCUCGUACUACUCCAAGGAGAUCGGACGAUACUGGCGCCAAUACAAGACUCCAGGCCCCAGACUCUAGACCCCAGACUUCAGACCCCAGACUC